AUGACAACAAAGACCCUCUGUCGCGCCUGCCACCGUGCGGCUCGCACAACGACAACGACAACCACAGCCUCACUCGCAGCAGCCCGCUCCAACUCACCCCGUGACCUCUCCCGGCCCCGGACCCGGUUAUUUACGACCGAAACUUUCCCUCAAUCCACCGCCCGCGGCGGCUCAUCCAAACUCUCUCCACCACCACAACUUGACCCCUCAUCCAUCCUCUCUACGCCAACUUGGUCCGUCCGCUCUCUGCUUCCACCGUCAUCAACAUCGGAGAUAUCACCCGAAGAAGGCGAAAUAACACCCCAAACCCUCGCCCACCUCAGUCGGCUCUCGGCUCUUCCCCUUCCUUCCGCCUCCGACCCUGCCUCUACGUCCCGCCUCCUCUCACCCUUGCAUUCCCACCUGCACUUUGUGCGCUCGAUCCAAUCGGUAGGCACCACGGAUCCUUCUUCUCAUGAAGGGAAGGAGCUGGCACCGUUGAGCUCGAUCCGGGAUGAGUCGCCAGAGGGACUGGCGGAGAUCACGCUUGAUCUGAAGACGCUCGAGGGGGUGCUGGCGGAUGAGGAUAUUGUUGGUCAUUGCCGGCGGCCUAGGAGGAGAAAGACGGAGGAGAAGACUAAGAACGAAGUUGAGGAUUGGGAUGUGCUGGGAUCUGCCGAACAAAAGGUUGGGAGGUACUUUGUUGUCAGAAGUGGGAAGAAGGGGGAGCAGAUGACCUAG